CUGUGUGGCUCAGGAUAGCCAUCAGACGCCUGGUGCUCUUGACUGACAGUGCACGGGAAAGCCCGAUCCUGUGCGAGCACUUUCCAGUCUCUGCCACCCCACGUUACACCAGCUAUGGGCUCCUUACCCUUCCAAGCCCUUCCAGGCCAUCCUGAUCCAGCCAGGCAUCUGGAGGAGGCAUUGCGGCUUCCUGGAAGAGUCCAGACUUCGGAAUCAGAGGUUCCAGCUCUGCCACCAUGGAUCCGUGUGACCUCGGGCGAGUCACUUUACCUCUGUCCAUCUGUGUCUCUUCUGCAAAACGUGCUCGCACCCCCAGCGCCGCCACCACCACCCAUCCAAGGAUAUGCCUUCAAGCCUCCGCCUAGACCCGACUUCGGGACCUCUGGGAGAACAAUCAAGUUACAGGCCAACUUCUUUGAAAUGGACAUUCCAAAAAUUGACAUCUAUCAUUAUGAAUUGGAUAUCAAGCCAGAGAAAUGCCCACGGAGAGUUAACAGGGAAAUAGUGGAACAUAUGGUCCAGCACUUUAAAACACAGAUCUUUGGGGAUCGGAAACCAGUGUUUGAUGGAAGAAAGAAUCUCUACACAGCGAUGCCCCUUCCAAUUGGGAGGGAUAAGGUGGAGCUGGAGGUCACGUUGCCUGGAGAAGGAAAAGACCGCAUCUUCAAGGUGUCCAUUAAGUGGGUGUCCUGCGUGAGCUUACAGGCGUUACACGAUGCACUUUCGGGGCGGCUGCCCAGCGUCCCCUUUGAGACGAUCCAGGCCCUGGAUGUGGUCAUGAGGCAUUUGCCAUCCAUGAGGUACACCCCUGUGGGCCGCUCCUUUUUUACGGCGUCCGAGGGCUGCUCCAACCCCCUUGGCGGGGGCCGGGAAGUGUGGUUUGGCUUCCAUCAGUCCGUCCGACCUUCUCUUUGGAAAAUGAUGUUAAAUAUUGAUGUCUCAGCAACUGCAUUUUAUAAGGCACAGCCAGUAAUCGAGUUUGUUUGUGAAGUUUUGGAUUUUAAAAGUAUUGAAGAACAACAGAAACCUCUGACAGAUUCCCAAAGGGUAAAGUUUACCAAAGAAAUCAAAGGUCUAAAGGUGGAGAUAACGCACUGCGGGCAGAUGAAGAGGAAGUACCGCGUCUGCAACGUGACCCGGCGGCCCGCCAGCCACCAAACAUUCCCGCUCCAGCAGGAGAGCGGACAGACGGUGGAGUGCACAGUGGCCCAGUACUUCAAGGACAGGCACAAGCUGGUUCUGCGCUACCCCCACCUCCCAUGUUUACAAGUUGGACAGGAGCAGAAACACACCUACCUUCCCCUCGAGGUCUGUAACAUAGUGGCAGGACAGAGAUGUAUCAAAAAGCUCACCGACAAUCAGACCUCAACCAUGAUCAGAGCGACGGCCAGGUCAGCGCCGGAUCGGCAAGAGGAGAUUAGCAAGCUGAUGCGAAGUGCAAGUUUUAAUACAGAUCCAUAUGUUCGUGAAUUCGGAAUCAUGGUCAAGGACGAGAUGACAGACGUGACCGGGAGGGUCCUCCAGCCGCCCUCCAUCCUCUACGGGGGCAGGAAUAAAGCAAUCGCCACCCCUGUCCAGGGCGUGUGGGACAUGAGGAAUAAGCAGUUUCACACAGGCAUUGAGAUCAAAGUGUGGGCCAUCGCGUGCUUCGCCCCCCAGCGCCAGUGCACGGAAGUCCACCUUAAAUCCUUCACGGAGCAGCUCAGAAAGAUCUCGCGGGACGCUGGAAUGCCGAUCCAGGGCCAGCCUUGCUUCUGUAAAUAUGCCCAGGGGGCGGAUAGCGUGGAGCCCAUGUUCAGGCAUCUGAAGAAUACGUAUGCUGGCCUUCAGCUGGUGGUAGUCAUCCUGCCUGGCAAGACUCCCGUGUAUGCCGAGGUCAAGCGCGUGGGGGACACGGUGCUGGGGAUGGCCACACAGUGUGUGCAGAUGAAGAAUGUGCAGAGGACCACACCGCAGACCUUGUCCAACCUCUGCCUGAAGAUCAACGUCAAGCUGGGAGGCGUGAACAACAUCCUGCUGCCCCAGGGGAGGCCGCCCGUGUUCCAGCAGCCCGUCAUCUUCCUGGGGGCCGACGUCACUCACCCACCCGCUGGGGACGGGAAGAAGCCUUCCAUCGCAGCUGUCGUGGGCAGCAUGGACGCCCACCCGAACCGCUACUGCGCCACCGUGCGAGUUCAGCAGCACCGGCAAGAGAUCAUCCAGGACCUGGCCACCAUGGUCCGCGAGCUGCUCAUCCAGUUCUACAAGUCCACGCGCUUCAAGCCCACGCGCAUCAUCUUCUACCGCGACGGCGUCUCCGAGGGCCAGUUUCAGCAGGUUCUCCACCAUGAGUUGCUGGCCAUUCGCGAGGCGUGUAUUAAGCUAGAAAAGGACUACCAGCCGGGCAUCACCUUCAUAGUGGUACAGAAAAGGCACCACACGCGGCUGUUCUGCACCGACAAGAACGAGAGGGUUGGGAAAAGUGGAAACAUUCCGGCAGGCACAACUGUGGACACGAAAAUCACCCACCCGACCGAGUUUGACUUCUACCUGUGCAGUCAUGCCGGCAUCCAGGGAACAAGCAGGCCUUCCCACUAUCACGUGCUUUGGGAUGACAAUCGUUUCUCUUCCGAUGAGCUGCAGAUCCUCACCUACCAGCUGUGUCACACCUACGUGCGCUGCACGCGCUCCGUGUCCAUCCCGGCGCCAGCAUACUACGCCCACCUGGUGGCCUUCCGGGCCAGGUACCACCUGGUGGACAAAGAACACGACAGUGCUGAAGGAAGCCAUACCUCCGGGCAGAGUAACGGACGAGACCAUCAAGCGUUGGCCAAGGCAGUCCAGGUCCAUCAGGACACGCUGCGCACCAUGUACUUUGCUUGACAUGUUUUAGUGUUUACGAUUGUGUACCGAGUUGGAUUCACAUGAGACCAGCUACACUCAGACCAACAGAUGCCCAGCCCUUCCGUGACAGCCAGCAUCGAACAUGAGAAGUCAUUGAUUUUAGUAGAUUCUCCAUUUUCCAGAAUGCCUUCCGUCCCAGAUUUCAGACUUGGAUUUUGAACUGCAGACCUGUAUGAGACCCCAUUGUCGCAGGAAAUAUGGUUUGCCAAAAUCUAUAAGCUGCUUAUUAAAAUAGAGUCCCGUGUUUCCUAAAAAUCUCCUAAAACCAGUCUAUGAACUCAGGGCUUUAAAACAUUUUUAAUUUAUUUGGUCAUUCAAUUUACUUGUUUUUAACACAUGAUUCUCUAUGAAAUUGAUGGGCUCAAACUAGCUGUGAACGUUCUCAGAGAGUGAAAGCAACAGAGGGCACGGCUGUGGUUUUAAAGCCUUGAGCAUUCUGAGGUGGUCACUAAAGUUUAUGUGAGAGUGAUACUAGUGUGCUCCUGACAGGGCUGACACAAGCUCUUCGGGACCGAGGGCAGGUGGCCCGCCGAGGCGCCCACCGGCGUCUUGUCCUGCCACUGCCCACCUUUCACUCAGCUUGAAAUAAGGAGCGGGGGCAGAAGAUGGGCCAUGUGUGUUUACAACAUUUAUAGGUCCAGAGAGAUUGGCAGACAAGUGCCAUUUUAAUAAAAAUUUAUUUAAAAAAAAAAAAAGACAAUAUGCCGACAGUCUAAUCAUAAGAUUUGUCCUAUAGGACUGUGACAUUUAUUUUCCAAAGUUUCUAAAGAAUACGGGUCUGUGGUGAUAAAUACAGUACAAUCCUUUUUCACUGUUAUGUCUUUAAUGUAAGAGAAAAAUAUAUAUUAUCUGGUUUGCAGUAUUAAUGUGAUAGAUAGAUGCUGUUUUUCAUUUUAUUGACUACGGGGUGCUUAUUGUGAUCUGUUUAGCAUAUCAAGAGUGUUUUGGAGCCUGGAGACUGGACCACCUCCUGUGGUUCUCAGUGCUGACAUGCAGGAGUGUGCAACUGAGUCAAUGUGACCGCCACCCCUGCCCCCCCCCCCCGCGUAGUCCGCGUAGCCUGUACCUUCAGGAGAACCGAGCGCGGGUGCGGUGGCCGCCGCCCCACCUCCUGUCCCCGUGUGUUGCUCAGCCGAUUAAGCACAAAUGGAAUGUAUUUAUUCUUCCAUUCCUGGGACGUGGGUCAGAGUGUACCUCUCUGUGUCUGGUUCUGUUAGACGAGUUUCGUGGGAUCUAUGCACUGAAGCGCGCAGAGAGCUGGCAAGCCCCGCUCGGAGGUGGCUGACUGCAAAGCCCACAGAAGAGAUUUGCGUUCUGGGCCCCAGAGAAACCGUUGCACUAAGUGCGAUGUCAUGGACAACGUGAGAAGGGUAACAACGGACAACUCUGUUUGUGCUGAGUGGGCUGUUUGUUUGUCCCCAUAGACACUUUCUUAAAAAAAUCAAAUCCACGUUCAAUGUAGAGAUUCUGGGAAGGAGACGAGCCUUCCCCUAGUGCUGCUUUGUGCUCUGUUGGUUCCCCUGUCCCUGCUGACGGCCCUCCCCGAGCCCAGCCUCACGUUUACCUCGGCACUGCGGCAGAGCGGGGGUCCCGACGGGACUCCCCGUUCUGGAGAAGGCGCCGGCCUCUGUGGUCCUGUCUGCCGGCUCCGGGGCGCUGGAGGGGCGGGGAGCUGCGGGCGAAGCUGCAGUGGGCGCUCGGCCUAGGGCUGGUGGCGGUGACAGAGGGGUGACUAUUUGUGAAGAUUCAUACUCGGCGUGGUGUGUGCGUGUGGGUGUCUUACUAAUGGCAUUAGCCUCUUCUUGCUGUAUCUUUUUUGUUUUGGGAUUUGUUUGUUUUUUUGGUUGGGUUUUUUUUUCCUUUCCUUUUUUUUUUUCGGUCUUUUUAAAUGAACAGAAGCCUCUGCUCUGAGAAAUGUUGCAAUUCCCUGUCGUUUUAUUGGUAAAUGGCAAUUUCUCCUCUUUUCAGAAGGAUACCAGUACACUCUUGGCCUAAAUUACCAGGAGCGUUCAAACUAAGGAGGGAAUCUUUUCACGAAUACACUUCUGAAAUCUGAGAUUAGGUUAGUUUUCAGCCAUUUUUAGGGUCAUCUAGAACCACGUGUUUCAAGGGUGUGUUUGUGCUCCCCGCAGCAGGGUCCUGGUGGUCGGGUGGGCGGUGGUGCUUGGCGAAAAUGCCGACUCCCGGAUCCGAUCUCCACGGCCGGGGCCGGGUGUCUGUAUUUGAUGCCAUCAAGCAGGGCUCCGGGGCUGCCCAAAGUCCGCAGACCCCGAUCCAGCGCGUCCCGAGGAGUCCUCUCCCUUGGGCUCCGGGGGCCCAGCGGGCAGCGCAGGCGGAGGCUCGCUAAGCUAACUCCCGGGAAAGAUCGCAGGCUGGCGGAAAAUUAGACCUAAAGUGUUUUUUAUCCUUUUGAAGGAAAGGUUUUCCUUUUAGUGGGCCAAAGUACUUUGAGAAGGGUACUUUUUAUAGCCCUCUGCUUGUUUUAUAAAACUUUUAAUACUAAAAGCAUUAAUAGACCAAACAUCUCCAGCUAGGCUAGCUGCAUACCUUUGUACACAUCUGAUGAUUCAGAACUCAAAUGGCUGUAGUUACAAUUUCUCAGGUAAAUAAUUGUUUCCCCAAAUUUCUACCAGCCCCCGCCCCCCAUUAUUAGGAUAAAUUUUGAGACAGCGUAAAACCUCAAAGUGCAGGAGACUAAGUCUGAGCCCUGUUCCCGUGGAAGCCCAAAGGGGCCCUCGGCCAUCUCUGACUGGGCUUGCUCCCACCCCAAGGGCUGCCUCGGCCCGCGUGGCCCCAAGAGGGCUCCCAGGCUCCCAGGGGAGCUCUGUCCUCCGCCCGCGCUGGGUCGCCCGAGGCUUGGGGCCCAUGCAGACUUGAGAGGCGUCUGCGCACUGGCUUUGCCCUACCCCACUGUUAAGUAAGGUGUGCCUUGGUUUAAGCAAACUGAAUGUGAAAAUUAUGAUGCAGAAAUCUGGAUUCAUUUAAAAGAAAAACUGGGAUUUAUCUCAUCUCUUUAGAAGAGGUCUCCCAAUCAGAUUCUUAUACUGGUACUCUUCCUAGUAGAUUUUAAGAUGUUCACUUUAAGAAGAAUGACUGUUCCCAUCCCUUCACCACUGUCCAUUCUGUCUGCCCCGCCAUCGCCCUAGUGACAGAGUGAUGAAGGAAGCCCAGGGGAACUGAGGACGGCCCCCGCGUUCUGGAAGCACCCUUUGGUGACGCUGAGAUUCCAUCCUGUCUGUGUUCUCCAAGCUCAGACUUUCCUAGUUCCGAUACAUUUUUGUAAAAUUGGGCAUACCUGUACUUUUAGAAAGGGAUUGUUGGGUUUGGGUUUUGAGAAGUUUUCAUAUACACUCUUGUGAUACAACAUCAUAGGGUCUGCUUUUACUUUUUAAGGUGAUGUUGCUUUUCGGUAGUGUUCUCACACUCCCUCGGAUGAAUGUUUGCACUCUAGAGCCACAGGCAACCCCUGGCCACUGGGCGGGCUUGCCCGAGAGGGACGCGGCGGGAACAGUGACGUCCAUGCUCUGGGAGGCUGGCCGUGGUCACUGCUAUUACUGAUGUUUACCCCUGGUUACGGAAUGCUCGUUGGAAAAGACAGUUUGAGUUCAGUUCCUACAGCAGGGUUGGGGGGGUGGUUUUACUGAUGUUAUAUUAUAUGUUAUUUUUAUUAUUGUGAAAUGCAAAUGUUGGUAUUUAUUUUUUUCUUUCUGCUCUGGUUCGAUUUGGCCGAUGUGGAUAUCCCAGUGCAUGUGGUACCUGAUGGAUAUGACAGAAAUUAUUUUCCCCAACUUUUAUAAAUUGCCUAAUGUUUACCUGCAAGUUUGCCGGAUGAUUUAUUUUUGAAAGCCACAAAUGUAAUUUUUCUGGAUGAAUUGUUUUUCUUAUAUAUGCAGCAAUGUAAUUUUACAUUGAUCUGCAGGGUGAUUUAAAUUUUAUUUUUACAAGGCAGUUUUUCAGUCAAAUUCUAUAUUUGAUACAAUAUGUUAAGGGUAGCCCAGCCAAGCGUCCUGCCGUUGGGACACCAGACUGUCUUGGGGGGAGCCCGGGGGGCUGGGACGGCUGCUCUCAGUUGCCCACCGUCACGGAAGCACUUGGCUUGUUUUGUGACGCUGCCAGGAUCUGGAUGUUCUCCUUCAGCGGGACUUCGAUCUGGUGGGCAGUGAAAAGGAUUUCUCAUGGGCAUUUUCUUACACCUGAGGCAGUUCCAUUAGGAGGAGCUUUAGAAGUUGACAUAAUCCAGACAGUGGACAAUCCCAGUGGCCCAGACAAGCCAUAGAAAUCUCCCUGUGACCUCUCUGACUCAUCUCUCACGCUCAUGAGAAAGGAAUGUACAAUAAACAGAAACUUCCUCAGUGUUUGUGCGCCUCACUUUCAGAAUGCAAAUAUUUUAUUUAUAUUUUAAGCCCUUCCCCAAAGUAACCAAGAAGAUUCUCUCUGGUUGCCCGGCCUGCGGGCUCGGCGGCGGUGACGUGUUUUCGGCGUAGGCACGGUGCACGUGUGCUGUGAUGGGGCUGUCUGUGUUACACACACACGCGGACUCUUUUGUAAGGAAAAUUUUCAACUCAAAAUAAUUGCACUGAUUUUUCGACAACUUCCUUUUUAUUAUGUCCAACUUUGCAUCUGCUGUACUUGUCUGAAAUGAUUGUAAAUAGAUUUAGGUUAGCAAAAAUGGUAUGAACACAACACGUCGCAUUGUUGUAGCGGGACUGCCAUGUUUUUAGUAUUACGUGUAAGCACUGUGUGGACUCCGCUCUGCCUCCGUAGCCGUGUGUCUGUUGACCAUUCAUGAAGGACAAACUAGCCUCGUGCUCUUGUUUCUCGGAAAGGAAGUUCGAAAUCUAUUGAAAGGAGAGUCUGCUCUCCCCUUGAGGUCUGAAGAUUUGAUUUUAAGAGGAUUAAUUAUAAAUCCUUUGAACACUUUACUGGGUCUGUUUAAUUCCUUGUUGUUUUCCAUGGCUCCUUAAUGCAUUUUCUUCUAGUCCCGUCCAGCAUCUGACGGUCUGGAUAGGAAGCAUCUGUGUGGCCCAUGUGAACAGACCACUCGCAAGGGCCUCCCUUGCUUCUCUUUGGUCAGCCAUCAGUCUGAAGCCAGGAGAUCACUGUGGUGUCAAAAGUAUCAUUUGCAGUGUAACCCAUAGAUGCUAGAGGGACCUGGAAUCCAGUGCUGUUCCUUUAUGCCUUGUGAUUUUGCUAGAUUAGAAGUAUGUGCUCCAGCCCACAGUGUGUAACUGUGGUCAGGCUACCCAGUAUCGGACACAAAGAAGCUUUUUAGACCCAAACCGGUCAUGAGUGUGUGUUCACGUAGCGUCGAUGCCAUCGUGCCCUCCCUGAUGCUUUUUUGGUUACAUUUUGCCAUUUUAUUGUCUAAAGUGAAUGUAUUGGCUUAGCCAAAUCACUACAGAAGGUGGUUUCUAAAUACCUUUUAGUUUAAAAAAAAUGCAGAUAAAGGCUACCUCUGAAUUCUCGUAGUUUCAUGUUUGCUCUUAAGCGUAGCUAUCCACACUGAAAAUAGCCAAAAUGUUGCCUGAAUAAACUGAAUUGUGAACAUCUCUCUCUUCAGGUCUGGCUUGAAAAUGUGUGUGCCAUACUGUGACCCGUGAGCAGUCCCCUUCUCCCCCUCGGAGGCAUCAGAGGUGGACCGGGGACUCCUCAGGGCUGCCCGGCUCAAUAAUCUAGGGUUCUAAGCAGCCAGCGUGAAAAAAAUGGAGAAGCUUUCCACACGGUCCUCACGGGCUGGCAGGAGCAUCUCCACGUAGGGCCGUGGGUGGUGGAACCUUGAAACAUACCGCUGUCCUGGCUUUUCACUUUCCCGUUUGCUGUAAGAAAGCACUUUCUUCUCUGCUUUACUCAUGAAUGGGUUGAAAAUGGCUCCCUCUGCUCUCUUCUCCCUUUUUAUACGCGCUGUAAAUCCACGAAGGUGCUGGAACGCCGACUCUUGUGCACAUGAGGCAUCUGAAGUGGCUGUAGGGUUUCAAAAACCACGCAGUUAUAGUUGACCUUUGACUUUGGAACCUUGAGUUACCAUCACUCCCUGCUUAAAUGUGAUCUACGGUUUGAAAGCAGAAUGUUCUGUUCACAUCCAAGGCCCUUUGUUUGAAAGGAGCACAGGGUCCCCCGGCAGCAUUGAAAUAGGAGCUCCCGCUGCCGGCACCCUGGAUCCUCUGUUGCUAACUCACAGGCAGUCACCCCAAAAGAAUCUGUUAUGGCCCUGAAUACCCCUCCUUGUGAUUAACCACUUUGCUAUCAGAAUGUCCUUUUGCCCAUGCACUGCGGGGCGGGGGGGUCCGUCGGUGUCACCCCCUGCCUUCUUCACAUCUUGUCUUUAGGUUUUCUAUGUUCUCUCAUCUUUGGAAGGUUCGAAUUUGCCCCAAAACACCUCCAUUGGUUUGCUCUUAAAUUCCUGAGGGACAGGCAGGUGGUUUUGCAGGUACAUGUCUGGGUGCGUGGAGGUUGCCCUGCUCUCUCACUGGACGUUCAUCAGACACUGACGUGGGACGUGGGCCGAGAGGUUGCAGAUAUAACAUGACCUGAAAGUUUUUGCCUUUAGCACUGUUGUUUGGGGUUUUGAUGCUUUCCAUGCUACAUGGCAUGCUUUAAUUCUGAAAGAGCUAAGUGUCCUUUGCAGUCUUUCUAAGAAUGUUUUGUACUUCUGCGAUUACACUGUUUUUGUAGAUACAGCCCACCCCAAGAUGCGUGGGUGUUAAGGGUGGGUACCCACAACAUCUGCUGACCUGCUUCUGGAACUGCUUGGGGGGCUCUGGGUUGGCCUCAUUUUCAACCAGAAGCCUAGUCAGGGUGUUUUGGGGGACACUGUAUAGUGGCUGUCUCCUUGAUUCAGUAAUGUGAACUGUUGAACUCAGACCUCCCCAUCGGCUUUUUGCAUACAUGUCUCCAGGAUCCUGGGGUGGGCCUCUCCCACCAUCUUUGCAUUCAUGAAAAAUUAUUUGAAAAGAGGGAACUGAAGAUUACUGGUGCUUUUGUUAACACUUUUCUCUUAUUGGUCGAUGUGAAAAAUUUAAAUGUGUUUACAUCUUGAAACGCCCUUCGUGGUUUAUGACUAAAGAGCUGAAUCCUCACCUCGCUCCUAUCCUCUUUUUGGGGGGAGGGAGGAGGCUGAAUUAUCUUCUAUUUACAAACCUCCUUGGAUUUAAGUAGUUCAGAGUUAAAGCUAAAACACCAAAUAGGAACUCUUCCCCCUCAAGUGUCUCCAGGAACUAGAUGUUGAGGCCGCCCUUCUGAAUCAAGGUCCUUCACACCAUGAGUUGAUCCCAAGAACACCACACACACCCGGGCCAGGGGGCGCUGCAGGCUGACUGCUCAGCUCCUUGGCAGUACUUGGCAGAACUAGGUGCUCGCACUGGGGAGCCAAGGCUCCUUGGAACUCUCUAGAGACUGUGGGAACAAUCUCGGGGGUGGGAGAGGGCAGGGCCCUCGGACCCUGGAAGCAGGUGGCACCAGGCCUUCCUCUGGUCUCCAUCGGUACCCGACGGAGCGUGUUCUGGAAGACUCAGUCUCAGCCUCUGUGCCUUUAAAGUCCGGUCCUCAGUGUCCUUUCGGAAUGAUGUUGGGGCUGUGUUUUUAUUGGGAAGCAAGCCUGUGCCAUUCCACCAGUUAGUCAUUGACCUGCCUUUGAAGCUACGUCUGCUCCUUAGCUCCUGACCCCGUAAACUGUGAUGCCUGCACGCACUGUCUCGUAUCAGAAAACGUGAGGUUCUCGUAGCUGCAGGACUUCCUUCCCAAGUCCACAUCCACUGGGAUUCCAGGCAAUCAGUGUAAGAUCCGUCUCUUAGGCAUUGACCGUGGCCAUCAGCAGAACCCAGUGGUUUUGUCCUCAGAGUCACUCAACAAGCAUUAUUUACUGUCAGGGAACUCGGUUUCUAGAAGAGGAAUUGGAAUCGUGUCUCUGUGAAUUGUGUGUGAAGUCCUCAGAUGUAAGGUGCUAUUCAGUCCUACUGUCCUUAUUUGGGGGUGCUUUCCGUUCGUGUUGCUCUGUUCCGUGGUGUGCGGGGGAGCUGCUGACUUGGGUGAGCCGUGCACAGAGGACUCCCAGGUUUGACGCGCCUGAAACGCAUUUUUAUCUCUAACUUUUCCAGGCUAGGUAUUGAGCAGUUUCUUGGCUGAUGGUCUAAUUAAAAAAAAAAAAAAAAAAAAAAAAAAAAAAACACCUCACCCUGUCAGGGGUUAAGGGAUGUCCCUGUCAGGGGAUGAUUUUAUUGCUUUUAAGUGGGGGAAAUAAUCCAAUGUUAUUUAUUUUUAAAGUGCAUAGAAACUCAUUCUUGGCGGCUCCUCUUGGCCCUUCCUUCUACCAAACUCUCCAUUUUGAAAGGCAAUGGUCUUUCCCUCGGCAGAGGUGCUGGCUGCAGGGGGGGAUGAUACAUUCAUAAUUUUGGUUCCUCUCCAAAGCCAAAUAUACACGUGACUGAAAUCCUGAAAGUAUGUAGUUUAGCACUAAAUUGAAAUUUGAGUCCUGAGUUUAUCGAUAGUGGAUUUUAAUGUAGUUGUUGAAGGUAUGAAUUCAUGUUUUAUAACCGUAGAGGCAAGUGAGUUUUUUACUUUUUAAAAAGUUCUAAGAGAAUAAUUGUAAGUUUCUGUGCAGCAAAGUGGCUACUCCUUAAAUACAAGAAAAGAAUGUAGUGUCUCCGUCAGAUUUGUCUUACCUCUGGUACACGUCAGAUUACUUACCUAAUAUGUACUGAGGGCUUUGAACCCUGAGUUUUAUCAACUUUUCUAGGUUUAUUUUAUUUUUAUAAAAUAAUUGAAAAAGAACCAAAAACGAAUUCAGAAGUUCCUAGGUGGAUCUUGCCCCUUAAUUUCCCCCACGAUAAAACAUUUUAGAAGAUAUUUUGAAUCAAAAUGUAUUGUGACCACUGAAAAUUGUUUUCGAAGGAUCUGAGCGGCUACAAGGGCGUCCUCGGGCAGUCCUGCGCUCACCGCCUGCGGCCCCGUCACAGCUGCGCGGCCGGUCUCUUGUGACGGCGUCUUGUGCUUGCGGUAGAGAAACCGUGCAGUGCUGUUUUGUAAAUGGAAGGUUCCUGUAUAAACUAGUAUUUAUAGACAUUGGCCUCUCUAUGUAAUUUCUCAUUUGCUACAUGAAUUGUAAAAUUCGUUAUAAAAUUAUAGUACUUGCUAAAUUCACUCCUGAGGCUUCACGUCCUUGUCUCUCAUUUCAUACCAUUCCGUGUGUUGGGGAUGUCCGAUGCUUGCAUGACGCUAGGUGGUAAUGCCACUGUAACUCAAGCCUUAAUCAGAUGUUAAAUUUGUAAGUUUCAGAGUAUGCAAAAAUAUUAGGCAGUGAGUUUAAACUGUUCAGAUCAAGAUGCUAUAUCAUAAUUCAACCAGUCUUUUCUCCAGAGUUACAAAGGGAAACUUUCAGUGAUCCAGAUCUCUCGCUCUCGCUCUCUCUCUGGUCUGGCUUGGCCAUUGCCAUCGCUUGAUGAAAAUGGACCAUUGUGCAUUUCCUUGGCAGUCAGUCAAGAAGACCUAUGCUGAAAGCCUAGAGACUUUUUCAGGGUUACUAUUAAAGGUUUGGUUUUUUCCCUCCGGUCUGAGAUUAAUUUACGGCUCAUGGAGAGUAUGAUUUGGGCAGACAUCUUACUUGCUAACCUGCUCACGUUCUAAGUUUUCUUCAGGAAGUGCCACCUGCCAUCGCUUCUGCAUAGGAUUAUAUGGAUUUUUGUUUUUGUAAAAGCAUCUUAAAUUUAGACAUAAAAUGGAGGGGACCCAGCUUUCUUUACAAUGUGGAUCUACCUCAGUUAAACAGUUGGGUGCUAUUUACUAAGCCUGUCAGAUUAAAUUGGAAAAAGUAACCAAACAGCAAGAUAUAACUCCACACAAAGCUUGAAAUCAUCAUUUCCGUUUAUUUAAUAAUAUUUUUAUUUAUUUUGUGCCUUUUGUGUUGAGUCCUAAUGCAUUGGAAAAAAUCCGUAUGAAAUGAAAUACUUUCUGUUGCAGGUGGGGGAAAAGCCCAAUUGGUCAUGGAAUUUGAUAGAUUACCCCCAGCCAACUAGUCAUGUCUGUUGAAAUCCCAACUGCCCUCUUGUGAAAAGGAAAAAAAAAAAUGACGUCCACGAGCAAAUUAACAUUUUACCAAUUCCAAACUCUUCUAUGCAUAUACUGACGCUCGCUCUUCAUCUGUGCCAAGGAAGGGGCAGCCACAGACCGCUCACGCACACUCCUGUGUGGCUUGUUUUGCUGCCCGCGUCCCCCUCCUCCUCUGGCGGACUGUGUACCCUUGGUUUCCCCGCGCAGCCGGUGGACUGUUCUCUACCCCACCUCUCCUGGGGGAGGUGCUGGCGCCCGCAGGUGGCCGCCUGGAGAGGGGACAGGCCGCGCUCAGCAGCAGGCCUGGGCUCGCCAGGAGUCAGGCAAACUUUCUGGCAGGUGAGAAACUAAGGUAGGAGAUCGAUGACUUCCCAUGCUUUUAUAUUUGGCAGUUUACAAUUCUAGACUUUUCCUACUAUGGUGAUCUUUUUUAACUUAAUUCUUUGGAGGUAACAUAAUAUUUUGGAGUCUUAAGAAUUUGAUUUUAUACCAAUAAAAAAUAAAAAGUAGGGCUCUUUCCUGUAGUAUAUAGUUUUAACUAUAUUAAAGAGACCUCUGAAUUUUACAAGAGAACCAACAUUCCUUAGAGGCAGAACUUUGAAAGUUGAUUUGGGAGGCUUUUUGCUGCAGGAUCUCGAAAAAAUGGGAUGAUUCUAGUUAAGUGUUUCCAUUGUCGAGCGUCCAUCAGGUCAGUACUUCAGCUGUUUUGUAGAGUCGCUCCCCCGUGAGUAUGCUGCAUACACAGAUCGGCAUUGUUGCACUUUCUCGGUAGUGAUGAGUGCCCCGCGGUCGGCUCACCGUCAGCAUUGUGUUCUUUGACCUAACAAGAGUACUUUGGGGCAGAUGAGUAAAUUUAUAUAGGUACCUCAAGAAAAAGAACCUGAAUAUGCUGCAUUUUGUUUCUUUAGCUUUUAUAUGUAGCAUUUUGUUUUGCUCUUAUUAUUUUGUUUUUAGAUCUAUGCUUUUUGGAACCCAAUAGACUGUUGAAAUUUUAAAGUUACCCUUGUCGGGAUGUAGUAUCCUUUGUUUUUGUCUUUUUAACUUCAGUAUCUGGUUCAAAGGUUGCCCACCAGUAGAAUACUCCUUUACCCAAAUAUACCUGAGAAAAAGGGUACCGUGUGUGCAAGCAGACAAUAAUGUUCCCAGUCCUUUCUGUUCAUGCUGCUUUCUUAAUUCUUUUCUCCAUGUCAUCAAGAGGUUUGGAGAACUUCUUCCUAAGGUCGGACUUAGACACGAUGGCAUCUUAAUGUUUUCAACACAGACCUCACAGAAUUGCCAUUGAGUAAGUAGCAUGAUCCUAAAGGAACUGCUGGCAUCAGGCAGCCGGAUGGCUCUGGUCUCCAAAGAGCCAGUCGUCGUGUUUCUCCAUCCCCAGCACUCACCCUCACCCAACAGAUGGGGAGUGGUCUGGAUUGACAAAAGAUAAACUGGUGAAGAGAGCUAAAGGCUGAGACACUGAGCAUCUAUUGUCGUGUUUAAGCUUAGCUGGGUCCUUUCGAGUUUGUUUUACAGCUUACUAGGUUAAGUAGUUUGCACUAUUUUUGCAAUAAAUUCAUGGAAAACCUAACAGUUACUUGUUUUGUUUCUUACUGUGUGUAUAUAAACUAAUACUAAAAGUUUGGCAUAGUGUUUUUUCACCUCCUUACAUAACCCUUAACAUGCACAGAAUGCUGUAAAUCUGAUAAAAUAUGUGAAUGAUAUUUUAUAAAGUUAUUUUGUAUGGUGUCAAUUUUGUUUUGCCUCAUAGUAUGUCAGCAAAAAAUAAAAUAAAAUUCCUCAUAUUUA